AUGACCGAUUCCGCAGGACUGAGGCAACGGAAAGCCGCAGUAGCCUCAUCCUCGUCUUCCUCGGCGACACGCGAUGCCUCGAAUGUCCGUGGGACCGACGAUGAGGCGGAACAUGAGUCGGCGUCGUCGCGGCGCACCUCGAUCACGUCGAUACCCAUCAAGGAACGAGAAGCCCCUCUCUCGCGAGGGCGCAGUGUUCUGACUGUGCUCCUGUUCCUCGUCAUCCUCGUGCCGCUGCAUUGUGGUCAACUUCUGUUCUACCCGCUAUCGUUCGUGCCUGGUCAGUUCUCGUGCGGUCUUCUUGCCCUUGCAUUUCAAUCUUCCCCAUGA